GGCCAUUUUGUUCUUCUCGUGGUUCCAGUGGGGAGAGAAGGAGGAAGCAGGGAGUGGGGCGGUUGGGGGGGACCCGCCGCGGCUUUUGCCACCGCCGCCACCACCAUCUCUGUGCUCGUGGCGUGGCAAAGGAGGUGUAAAUCCCGGGCGCGAGCCGGCGGCGGCGCCACUGCGGGAGGGUCGGCGGUGGGAAGGCGAUGGCGGAUAUAGAUAAGCUCAACAUCGACAGCAUCAUCCAACGGCUGCUGGAAGUGAGAGGGUCCAAGCCUGGUAAGAAUGUCCAGCUACAGGAGAAUGAAAUCAGAGGACUGUGCUUGAAGUCCAGAGAGAUCUUUCUCAGUCAGCCUAUCCUACUAGAACUUGAAGCACCACUCAAAAUAUGUGGUGAUAUCCAUGGACAAUACUAUGAUUUGCUUCGACUUUUUGAGUACGGUGGUUUCCCACCAGAAAGCAACUACCUGUUUCUUGGGGACUAUGUGGACAGGGGAAAGCAGUCGUUGGAGACUAUUUGCCUCUUGUUGGCUUACAAAAUCAAAUAUCCCGAGAAUUUUUUUCUUCUCAGAGGAAACCACGAAUGUGCCAGCAUCAAUAGAAUUUAUGGAUUUUAUGAUGAAUGUAAAAGAAGAUAUAACAUUAAACUAUGGAAAACUUUCACAGACUGCUUUAACUGUUUACCGAUAGCAGCCAUCGUGGAUGAGAAAAUAUUCUGCUGUCAUGGAGGUUUAUCACCAGAUCUUCAAUCUAUGGAGCAGAUUCGGCGAAUUAUGCGACCAACUGAUGUACCAGAUCAAGGUCUUCUUUGUGAUCUUUUGUGGUCUGACCCCGAUAAAGAUGUCUUAGGCUGGGGUGAAAAUGACAGAGGAGUGUCCUUCACAUUUGGUGCAGAAGUGGUUGCAAAAUUUCUCCAUAAGCAUGAUUUGGAUCUUAUAUGUAGAGCCCAUCAGGUGGUUGAAGAUGGAUAUGAAUUUUUUGCAAAGAGGCAGUUGGUCACUCUGUUUUCUGCACCCAAUUAUUGUGGAGAGUUUGACAAUGCAGGUGCCAUGAUGAGUGUGGACGAAACACUAAUGUGUUCUUUUCAGAUUUUAAAACCUGCAGAAAAAAAGAAGCCGAAUGCCACGAGGCCCGUAACACCUCCAAGGGGGAUUGCUUUUUUUCUCAUUGUCUUAUCAUGUACAAGCUAGUUUUUAUAGCUAUCAACAUUAGGAGUAACUUUCAACCUUGCCAGCAUCACUGGUAUGUAUAUUUAAUUAAAGCACACUUUCCCCUGUGAUAUACUUAAAAUGACGAUUAAAGCCAUUAUUUUAAAUGUUUGUGACUCUUUCCUGAAGCCAAAGUUUCUGUUGAAAUAUAUAUUGACACUCCCCUAAGUACAAGGUGGCAUGGUUGUGUACAUCUGCCGCCUUUAUGGGGAUUCAAAAACAGGUUUUUGAGUUUGAAUAGCAAUUAGUAACAUAGUGCUGUUUAAGCUAUUAAUGAUUAAAGUUAAUAACAUUUUGUACAAUUUCCAUAUAGCCUAUUCAUUAAGUAAUCUUUUUACAGUUACAUCAGGCCCGAACCCGUCCAUUCAGAAAGCUUCAAAUUAUAGAAACAAUACUGUUCUAUACGAGUGACUGAUUAUGCUUUCUUUGGCCUACAUUCUUUAUUCUGCGGUGAAGUUGAGGCUUAUAAGUCAAAACAAAGGAACUAACUUACUAUCCAGCAGUUUAUACAGAACUCACAGUAUCUAUGACUUUUUUAAACUAAGAUCUGUUAAAAAGAAAUCUGUUUCAACAGAUGACCAUGUACAAUACCAUGUGGUGAAAAUAAAUUCAGACUUAUUAAAUGA